CCAUACGAAAGUUGCAGGGGUAGCACCCGUCUGUCAGAUAUACCACUGUACCACGUCAGCGGGGUAAAGACCUACAUACAUAGGUACCUACUAAGAUAAGCAACUCCAGCUGUUAGCGACCUACAUCCACAUCAACACAUCACGCCUGCAUCGCGUGAGGCUGGUUUGUUUCCUAGGUACCUACCUACCUACCUACCUACAUAAACGCUUUGGUCUUCUAAAUCGCAAUUCUUCCACUGUACAUACAAGUUGCUAUGCAUUUCGGCCACCUACAUCAUUUGUAACCAACUGGAGUAAACAAACAAACGAAGAAACAACCCAAUAAGAUCGAUCGAUCUGGCCUUCGGAUUCGGUCCCGUUAGGUAGGUAUUACGUUAUCGCUCCUCUCGGACACAGACGUCGGCCCUUCGUACAACUUAUCGUUGUAUCUUCGCCCCGUGCUAUCGUCAACCUCGGAACUCGCGAUACCUACCUAGAAACCUACCUACUCGAUCAGCUCGUCUAGCUACGGCAUCGAUCGAAAUCGAGAACCCUUUCCGGAAUCCUUUGUCGGAUCGGAUAUAUACCAAUAAAACUACUAGGUACCUCCUAACGAAACGAAACGGAACGCACGCGGUCGGCGUGGAUAGAUCGGCCGCAAUGGGUCUUGCGUACAACACGUAUCUUGAUAGUAACAAAAUAUACGGGUGCAAGAACUGCAAAGCCCACCUCGCUAAUCACGAAGAGAUCAUAAGUCGGAACUUCCGCGGCCAGCACGGCAAGGCCUACCUCUUCAACACGGUCGUCAACGUGGACGCGGGCGAGCCGUCGGAGCGCAGCAUGACGACUGGCCGGCAUAUCGUGCGGGACAUCACGUGCAAGCAGUGCAAGGAGACGGUGGGCUGGAAGUACGACCGCGCCUACGAGUCGAGCGAGAAGUACAAGGAGGGCAAGUUCAUCCUCGAGGCCGAGCUGCUGUGUAAUGUCAGCUAGAUGGCCGCCUUCCCUCGAUCGACUUGGUCGGAUACAGCGAUAUGAUGAGCGAGGACGGGUGGAAUAGAGAGGGGACGGUCUAGUCUGUUUUUUUUUAGCAUGGGUAUGCAUUGCUUGGGCGUUUUCUUGGUUAUCGCAGGAAGGUCUGGUCUGGUCUGCUUGGUGAGUUUUAGACGGGCAAGGCAAGGCAAGGGUCGCGCCUCUCGCGAACGUAUGUACAACGCCGUAAAGGUCUUCGAGGGUCGGACAGAGUUCCUCCCUGGCGUUAUGAAGUCUCCUUAAUGAGGUGUUAUACAGGUUGAUAGAUAGUUUGGCAUUAUAAAUUGUUACUUGCUUUAGAAUGCUUGGGCCCCGUUUACUAUUAGCUACUAGUAUAAUUGCUUAUAUCUUGACGAUACUAUUCUAAAGUUAAA